ACGGCCCCGCUAGAUCCGAAGGACCGACGCCAGAAGAGCGCUGCGGAUCCGAGACCCCAGUCCACUAGUCCACCCAGCGCCGCCACCUCUGCUGUCAGGAUGGAGCCGGAGUCCGACAGCACCAAAGCCGCCGCCGGCAACCGCAAGCACCUGGCCAUGCUCGAGCGCCUUUCCAAGCGCACCGCGACCUCCUCAUCGGAAUCUCCCGAGGCCUCCCCCGUCGCCGCAUUCCUCUCCCGCUUCGCCGCCGCCAAGGUCGUCGCGGAGUCCGCCCUCUCCGCCUGCCGCUCCUCCCCCGACGACGCUCCAGCCUCCCUCGCCGCCGCCUCCGCCGCCGUCGACGAUCUCGAACGCCUCGUCGCGGAGGCAUCCCACUCGCUCCCCCCAUACGAGCUCCGCUCCGCCCUCGCCGCCGUCUCCGACCUCCGCGCCGCCCACAAGCUCGCUGCCUCCGAAAUCCGGCCCAAGAAGUCAUUCUCCUUCAGGAACAAGAGCAAAGCCACCAAGAACCCUCCGCAAGAUCCACCCGCCACGCCCCAGCCACCUCCGGAGCAGCCAAAGCCUACUUUCGAUGCCAUCCUGCCAGGGCUUGGGUUCAGGGGCAGGAACGGCGCUACCUUGGUGAAGGAUCUGCGAGUGGCCAACGAGAAGGAUGGGGAUUUCACGCUUGCUGAUCUGGUUUCAUGCGAGGUCUACCUCAAGGGCAAAUGCCGGGCGCUGUACAUUCACAAGUUGAGAGAUUGCCGUGUCUUUAUUGGCCCUGUCUUCGGCUCGGUCCUCAUAGAGGAUGUCGAGCGCUGUACGUUUGUAAUGGCGGCGCACCAGAUCAGGAUUCAUGAAGCCAGGGCAACGGAUUUCUACCUGCGGGUGAGGAGCAGGCCGAUCAUUGAAGAUUGCAGUGGUGUGAGAUUCGCACCACAUGCUCUCAAGUAUGUGGGGAUUGAAGAGGAUCUGAGGGAUUCUGGGCUUGAGGAGGAUACUGGUAAUUGGGCCAAUGUAGACGACUUCAAGUGGCUCAGGGCAGUGCAGUCACCAAACUGGUGUCUGGUUCCGGAGGAAGAGCGUCUGCCGACUCUAGACAUUUCAGAAGUUCAUGAACGGGAUGAUUGUAACUGAGCUGCUCGGGAGGUUUUGCUCUCAGCUCUAGUUUCGGCUUAUAUUUCUGGACUAGUUAAUAUUUAUGCUUACGGUGAUUACCUGUUUCUGUUUGUUUACGUUAAUGGCUUCAUUGUAUCUAGGGCUUGCUAAAUUCAGGAUUGGGAGCAUGAGAGAUUAAAUGUGUGUUCAGAAAUAUCUUGAUCAUAGUUACGCAUACCUAGUAUGAUCAUGAAGUUUUCUGUGCAAGAAGCAUACUUGGUGUAUGAGUUUUAUAGUUGCUGGCAUCAGAAUCCAGAACUGUUCACUGAGAAAUAAAAAAUAUAUUGGUUUAUCGAAUGCUGUGACCUUCAAUGCUAUGGAGGUUGAGGAAUUCGUAAUUUUGCAGGAAUUUGUGAUUUUGUGGUACGGAAGUUUCCUGUGCGUGAAAUUUGUGUUAGCCGACUCAUAGUCACGAAUCUCCAUCGAGACCUUUGCUGCGUGAUAUGCAGGACCUCGGAAGUAUGACUGUAUUGUAAGAAAUGGGCACCAUGGUGGUACCCAAAAGCUAAAAGCAUCAAGUUUUAGCUCUUACCUUGAAACUCUGUUAAAAGUAGCAACAGAAGCUGCGCUUUGUGCAUACAAAUUACAGCGUCCUGUGCAGAUAUAUCUCAAUCUCAGCACUGACAUGGUCAUGGUUGGGGGUCGGCACCCAGUGAAAGCAUAUUACUCGGUUGGUUUCAAGUCUGAUGGGAGAAUGACAGCCUUACAUUUGGAAGUAGGAAUUUCUCCAGAUGCGAACCACAGAAUAUCAGAAGCUAUUAUAUUAGGUCUGAAGAAAUACAACUGGGGUGCUCUGUCAUUUGACAUCAAGGUCUGUAAAACAAACAACACAUCCAAAUCAGUGAUGCCUGCUCCUGGAGAUACACAAGGCUCUUUGUUUGCUGAAGCUAUAAUUGAACAUGUUGCUUCAGUGCUCUCACUUGAUGCUGACACUAUCAGGCAAAAGAAUUUUCACACCUAUGAUAGUCUGGUGUUGUUCUAAGGGAAGCUUCUGCAUACACACUACAUUUUAUUUUUGGUAGAUUACUAUCAACAUCAAGCUACCUGAAUCGAGCCAAAUCCGCCAAGCAGUUCAACAGUUGCAACAAGUGGCGAAAGCAGGGUAUCUCUUGCGUGCCCCUCGUUUUCAAGGUAGCACCAAAACCAGCUCCGGAAGAGUUUCUGUGCUCAAUUCAUUGUGGCUGAGGUUGAAGGUAUUGAAAUUGGUCAAUGACUGUGGAUAAAAUUACAGCAGAUGACUGCUUUCGCUUUGGGACAACUGUGGCCUGAUGGGUGUGAAUGCCUUCUUGAUAGAGUGCGUGUUCUUCAGGCUGAUACGUUGAGCUUAAUCCAAGGUGGAGUUACUGCUGGCAGUACUACAUCUGAAUUUAGCUGUGCAGCAAUCCUUCAGAUCUGCAGCAUGCUGAUUGACAGACUGGAGCCAGUCAUGGAUAAGCUCAAAUAUCAAGGAGGUGCUGUGUCAUGGGACUCUUUGAUUUCCCAGGCCUCUAAGGAUAAUGCUAAUUUAUCUUCAAGUGCUUAUUGGGUUCCUGGCGAAGAAUCAAGUAGCUAUCUGAACUAUGGAGCUGGUAUAAGUGAGGUGCACCCUUCUCAGCUCCGCCUCGACCCGUGUGCUGAUGAAUGGCGCGGCUGGGGAGCUCAUCUACAACCGCCGUGGCUACGCCAGGGUGAUCCUCUCUCCGCUUUGCUCUUCGAUACGGUGAUGGAUGUCCUUCACCUUAUGCUUGAGAGGGCGGCGGCCGUGGGCCUGCUCACUGAGCUCUCGGCUAGUUUCUUCCGGCAUCGCACGUCGAUGUAAGCCGAUGAUGUGGUUACCUUCAUCAGACCCACCGAGGUGGACUUGCGUGCUUGUACGCAGAUUGUGGAGGACUUUGGGGUGGCGUUGGGGCUACGCACCAAUCUGGCCAAGUGCUUGCUCCACCCCAUCCGAUGCUCUCAGGAUCAGGUGGCCUUGGCCAGUUCUAUUCUCGGCUGCGAGGUAGCUUCUUUUCCGUUCAAGUACCUGGGCCUCCCCCUUGGGCUCAGGAAGGUGACGGCGUCUCAGUUGCAGCCCAUCAUGGACAGUGCAGCCAACAGGCUGCCACCGUGGUGCGUCAAACUCGUCAACCGUGGUGGCAGGACCAUUCUCAUCCAGACCAUGCUUUCGGCGAUCCCGGUGCAUACCAUGAUGUCGCUCGACAUUCCGCCGAAGGUCAUUGAAGCGCUGCGCAAGAUCUACCGGGCCUUCCUUUGGAAAGGGCGGCAGGAGGUCAAGGGCGGACCAUAGUUGCCAGAAAUCUGGGUCGCGCGGGUCGAGGAACGGGAUCGAGGAUCGCGGGUCGACAUCCCAGCAAACAAGGGUCGAUGAGGGGUAUACAUCUCUGGUACGUUAAUUUGGAACCUGGGCCGGGAUCCUCUUAAUUUUGGAUCGAUGGCCUCCUUAACUGCUCAAGGAAAGAAGAGAUGAAGAGGCAAGCCUGGCUGUUUUUCCUCUUCCGCGCUCUCCUCGCAUGAAGAAAGUUUGGAAACGGCAGGCUUUUAUUACGGGAAAUCUUGACCGGUACAUGCGAUUUUGGAGUCAGGCGGUUGGCUGAAGAAAAGGAAACAGCAGGUAAUAGCUUUUAUUAUGGGAAAUCAAGUGUCGACAGAUAUUGAACGCGAUCGUGAACCGUCGAUGACCCACGUCGAUCCGCUCGCGUUCCCGAUCCUCGAUCCGGAUCGAUCGAUCCUGGAUCGCGGAACACGGCGUGGACCCCGUAUCCGGCUACUAUGGGGCGGACACUACUUGGUCGCGUGGGACAAGGUGACCUCCCCAGGACCUUGGCGGGCUAGGUAUUCCAAACCUUCGCUUGCUUAAUCUUGCUCUCCGCUGCCGGUGGGCAUGGCUACAGAAGGUGGACCCCUCUAAGGCCUGUGCGGAGUUUAACAUUCAGCUCCCUAGCCUCUGCUCCGCUAUCUUUGACGCGGCCACCUGCUAUGUUCUGGGCAAUGGCGAGCGGGCUCGAUUCUGGACUGAUCGGUGGCUGGAUGGCUCUAAAGUGGCGGAGAUUGCGCCGAAUGUGGUCAAGAUGGUCUCCCGUAGGAGGGCCACUGCUUGCUCGGUGAGAGAGGGCCUAGCCAGCCAAUGGCUGUGGGACUAUGGACCCCGCAAUUUCCUUUCCUAUGUACAUAUUUGGUGCUCUCUAGGACUUUUACAAAGUAGGCUGGAAAACACCUAUGCAGUUUUUUCUGGCUUCCUUCAGCAUGGCUGUAGCGAUGUUAGAUGGUCAAAGCCUUCGUUGGUCCCGAGCCUCCCACCUCUCCCCUUCCUGGCCACGUUCGAGCUGCCGCCUCCUACUCCUCUUUCGAUUCCCCGUCGCUGUGCUGCUCGGCAGUGGCUCUAAGCGCGUCUAGCCCCGCCCUGCGCUUGGUCGCUGGCACGGCGUACGUUCCCGACAGUGAUGGUGCGCAGACGGGCGCACACGACGACCCCGACCUCGACCUCCGCGGGAGCGGCAGUGCAGAAACGUCCAAGAUCGCCAUCGGCUGUGAGCUCAACACUCACAUCAGUUUUCCUCGCUGUUAUAUUCUUUCAGUAGGUAGGUCGGCCCUGAUGAAAGCACUGCUCUGGCCGUUGUGUCCAGCAGCGGAGACAGUGUCGGGAACAAGAGCGGCAGCGGUGCCAGAGGCCACCAGCUCGCCGUCCUUGGCCUGUGAUUUACCUCUGGGAUCCUUGGCUUGAGGUCUGAACUACUUAUCCAAUUUAACAAGUCCGGUUAAUGGCAGUUGUAUGGGAGGCUCACCAUGUGACGGCAGAUCAGACUAAGGUUUCCCCCAAUGAUCUAGAGUCUGACGCUCAAGGUUCAUGGAGAUGGAAGCACCCCUCAAUCCUCGAGCGCACUUGUGACAUCACCGACACCGGCACUACCACCUUCUCCUCCAUGAGCCCCGUGGAAGUGCUUCCCAACUUGCAGUUUGUGUUUGAUUCUGUGUCUGAAUGAUUUUUUGUUCUCUGUUUUGAUGCAACCUCCAUUGUUCAAAGCCUGGAAAACAAUAAAAGGUUGGAAGUUCUAUUUGGGCGCAGUUAAAUGGACAUGAGUAGCAAAACAUGAGCUCAAUAAUUGGUAAUGUAAUCCUCGAAUCAAUCUUUAUGUUUAUGUUCGAAGUGGCUCAAUGGUUUUUCCUGUACUAUUUCUGUUGUCGUUUCAUAUUGUUUGAUGAAUUAAUCGUGGAUCCCAAAAUGUAUGUCUUGAACUUAACAUAAGCCUUUGCACUGUUGUUCAUAUAUAUGUGGAAACAAAGGAGUUAGCCUUAAGACCUUAACUUGCUGUUGAAGGUGUGACACUGUUGAUAUUGCCAUUAAGUGUUGGUCAAUAUAAAUGCAAUGUCAUGUUUUGUAUCUUCUUUGGAGGGGUCAUAUUCUGUUUCAUUUCCCAGUUGAUGCAAUGUAUUAUUUUAUGAAAGUAUAGGACAAUACUGCCAUGUACCUUCCCAGGGAGGUUGAGAUCAUCUCUGACCGUGCCACCAUCAGCCUGGCGAGGCAAAUCGAGUGCGUGCCCGUCUAGGUGAGUUAGUGCCUUUCGAAAUUGUGAGAGUUUUUGGCCCGAGCUGGAGGAAUCCCCGGGGAGGCCGUCCCAGCACUCGGCAAAAGAAGCACGGGGUGGCGGGUUGGGUCGCCUCGGGAAGGCGAGCUCCCACAGUUUCAUUUUCUAUCAAUAACGUCACAGGAGGGUUGAGAAGUAUGACAGUACAUGGAGCUAAAAGAGAAAAUUGGUAGAAGUCAUUUCUGCGUUGGGACUACAUAAGCAUAGCAAAGAAAGAUCUGCAAAGAAGACCGUGACUGAUCUGAUGUUAGAUCGAGUGGCGAACAAGGCAAGCCAUCGACACGCAAAGAAGCAGACAUUCAAUCCAUCAAUCCAUGGACAAAUACAUGGACAACAUCAUCCUUGCUUCCGGAGAUAGCACUAGAGGGAAAAAUAACUGCACUCCCCCUGGCAUAGUAGUCUACUAUGUGUUGUGUGUCAUAAUUCCCGUAUGUGUCCUGCUCUUGUUUAACAGUCGAUGGUUCACUGUGUUCUGUUUCUGUAAUAAGAUCUUUUAACAGUCUCAAUAUCAUGAUGUUUUCAUGUCUGAGCACACUUCC